AUGUCCGUCGCUAAAGUAGUCCAAGGCUACUUCGCCCAGAGGGUGGUCCUCACCUCUCCGAAGCCCUUCAGCAAAGUCCUCGCAGCGCUCGACGCAGAAGUGAACAAGGAGAACCCUCACGUCAAGCAGAUCCUCAACGGCUCCAAGAGCAAGGAGGAGAUCGAACAGGGCGUCGGCGCGCUCACCGACUCCGGCAAGAGGAACUCCAUUUACGUCGCGCCGGAGCUCUCAUCUGCCGCACCGCUAACAAACACUCGCGACUCUAGACUAUUUGCCGCAGACUUUUACUCGAGGUGGCUGAGCGUGUACUACGGGAAGAAGCUCCCGGACCUCGCGCUCUACACGUUCGGGAACCCGCUCUUUGCCACGAUAUUCCCCAGAGAAUGCGAGAGAUAA